GAGUUCGAGUCAGUUCGAGUAGCUGUGUUUGCGUUGUUUGCUGUAAUCAUCGAUCUAUUUGACGAUAUCGAAGUAAAGCGAUGGACGGCGCGAACGUGAAUGGCGGGAACGCCGAAGUACCGCGCGAGGAUCCUAACCUCGAAGGCGGUAGCGACGGUGGUGCUGGUGUUAAUAGUGCGACGGAGACGCCAGACCAACCGAACUCCAGCAACAAGGCGCAUCCUACGGCUGGUGGUACCGGAGACACGCAGGAAGUCAACGGCGAAGUAAGAGCCACGUCCAAGAAUCAUGGCAUGUUGUUGCCCCGUAUUAGAGCACUGAGAAGGCUCAAGGCUAACUCUACGGACGCUGUACCGAGCAAUGCACCGAAACCGCCUGGGACAAGGGGACGCAAGCGCAAGCUUAUAGAGUUAGAAGACGUCAGCUCCGAAGAUUCCGAAGGAUUCAACGGCUUUGACUCUCAAGGACUUGAAUUGCAGCCUGCUGGUAGUCACGUUCUAAAGAAGCUUAUUGCUGAAGCAGAAAUAGCGGAGGCACAAGUUGUAAAACGCACAAGAUAUUCAAGAAGGAUUUUGAAUGCAAGAGAAAAAAUGGAAAACAAUCAAGAUUUUAAUGAUACGAAAACCUACAUUUACGAAACAGAUAGUUUCGAGCCUUUAGAUAUAACAAAGAUUAAAAAAGAUAAGGAAUCUGAUAAAUCGGAAACAGAUUCUAUCGAUGUACCAAAUAGCAUAGAUUCUGAAGCGGAGCCAAGCAAAAUCGAUAUAACUUCCACUAGAUCGGCAAAUUCUUCGUCAGCUGCAAGUAGUCCCUCUGCAACAUCACAAAAAUCAAAAGGUAGUCUUAUUUCUGGUGGUGGCAGUCCAGGAGGAAGGCAUAAAACUCCUGUUGAUAUGUCGAAUCCUUUAUAUAAAGAGCCAUUUAAACAUGGUUGGAAGCGAGAAUUAGUGUUUAGAGCUAGUCAUGAUUCUUCCGCCAAAAAAAUGGCUGAUAUAUAUUAUUAUACACCAACGGGGAAAAAAGUUCGAAGUUUUAGAGAAGUUGCAGAAUCUCUUAAUUCAAAGGAUUUGACCAUUGACAACUUCACAUUCUUUAAAGAACCUAUUGGACUCGGCGAUUCUGAUAAGGAAGUUAUUCGAGAUGCUAAAAGAACACGAGGAUCUGUGGGUGGAUCUGCAAAGAAAUAUAAAAGAACUGUACAAACGAAAAAAACAAUACAGGAACCUGUAGCAAAAAAAUCAGUACAAGAAUAUGUAACGAAGAAAUCGUUACAAGAACCUAGUACAUCAAAAAAACCUCCAGCACAAGAACCCCCUGCUCCUGCACCUACACCUGCACCUACAGAAAUUUCAAAACUUGUUUCUGCACCUGUGUCAGUACCUACAAAAACAGCUAAAUCAGCAAAAGUGUCUGCAUAUAAAACAAAAGCAACUACAAAGAGAACUCCCCAGAUAACAGAAAUAAAAUCACCAACCCAAGAAAGUGAGAUGCUUCCACCUCAGCGGAUUACAAAUGCGAGAAGAAAUCAACAACCGAUUGAGAAGACUAUACCAGUCAAAACCAAAAGAUCAAUAACGCCCAAAGUUCAAGAACCAUGCAGUAUAAGAUGUUCGACAAGUAUGGGAUUAAUACCAAGUUUACAAUGUCGAGUUUGUCUCUGUUUAUACCAUCCCGAAUGUGUUGAUGGCAUAGAGCUUGCAAGCAAUGAUGAUUAUGUCUGCAAGAAUUGUCAGCCAGAUACUAAAGAAUCUCAAAUGCCAAACAAUCCGUCUUUGACACCACCUCCAUUGAUUCCAAUUAGUAUGUUAAGUGCACAAAAUGCAAAGUCAAUAAAACAUCAGGCUAAUGCAUCUCUUCCCAAAUUGCAAAGAAUUCCAAAGUCCGAUAGUAUAGAAGUGCAAACAAGAAAUUCUACCAAAAUACCAUCUACAUCCUCAAACUCAUCUUCAACCACAGACAAAAAGGAAAGUACCUGGUUUCCUCAGACAGAAAAUGAAUUUUUGCAAAGUCAUGAUGGUACUAUGCCGAAACCGGCUCAAAAUAUUGCUAUAAUGGGUGGUAAAAGAUAUAUUGUAGUACCAAAAAAUAAUGCAAUGGCAGUUCAACCAGCUAUAACAGUAAAACCAGACAAAAUUGGCGAUAAGCCACCAAUACUUCAAGACGGUUUGCUUACCGAUAUUACGGAAAAUACUACAGAUAAUUCUGUUUCAAAUUUAUGUGUACCUCCAUCCUUAAAUACUGAUUUACCUGAAAAAAUAAAUAUUACACCUGAUAAAGAAAUUUCAAAAGACAUAAUUCAUGAGACAGAUCUUGUAUCUUCUGAUGCCACUGAAAUAACUGAAAUACAUGAUAAUAAAGAUAAGGAUAGUAAUAUUCCUAAAAGAGAUGACGCUAUUAAAAAUAUAUUAGAAAACGAAUCUUUUAUCGCCAAUAUAGAUUAUAUCUUAGAAAGAAAAAUAGAUACAAAUUGUACAUCACCUGAAAGUAAAUCUGUAUGUACACCAGUACAUGUUACAAGUAUUACAAAUGCUCUUGAAGCAAAUGCAGAAACGGAAACAAUUAAGACAGAUCGACAACAGUCCUUAUCAAAUAAAGUGGGUACAAUAUCGAAAAUAAAAACUAGCAAGAGAAAGCAAAAUCAACAGGAAUUAGAGCAGCAGAAUUACAUGAAUUUAUUUUGCGCUGGUUAUGAUUCCCUGUUGCGUACUUUUCAAUAUCUUAAGGUCCAAGAGUUAUUGCGAGCCGCACGAGUUUGUAAAAUGUGGCGUGAUCUCGCUGCACAUCCAUCUCUGUGGAAGACCGUACGAAUGAAAAAUAGUCAAGUAACUGACUGGGAUGGUUUGGCGGAUACGUUACAGAGACGUGGUACGCAGCAUCUAGAUCUCAGAAAAAUGCUAAUUGCUUGCGAGUCCGACAACAUUUGGAAGAAAUUCUUGACUGUUAUACCACGAGUGAGCAGUCUUUUGAAGCUUGAAUUAUGCAGAUGUCCCGUUUCAGUUGUGGAAGAAGUUAUUAAGACUUGUCCACAAUUGGAGGUAUUUAGCGCAAUGUCGAUCAAAUGCGAAUCUCUUACGUUAGAAUCGAUUGGAAAUUUGAGACGAUGUCAAGAACUCAGACUUAAAGCGAUAUCUGGAAUGUCCUUACAACAAGAUCUUACUCCUUUACAAGAUUUAAAACACUUGACACAGUUGAGUUUAACAUCAGUUAAGGAACUUGGGAAGAAAAAAAUUGUUGUUAUACAAUCAUUGACAAAUUUGGAGACGUUAGAAUUAGGCGAAUGCUCUGAUUUUCCUGACAAGUUUGGAACUAUCGUUUUAAUCAAUUUAAAUAAAUUGGAACGUCUUAGACUUGAAAAAGGUCAAGGAUCGUGUUGUACAUUCGAUAUUCUUGAAGGCGUAUCGAAAUUACAGAAUUUGAAUCAAAUGGAAUUGGUCAAUUUCGAUGUGAAGAAUGGUUUUGACAAAUGUCUGGCUAAUUGCAAAAACAUCAAAAGGUUAUUAAUUAUAUUGACUUAUAUAUCCCAGUCGGCAACAUCUAACAACAUGGUGCUUGGAGGUGUCACAGAAUUGUCAGACAAUUUAACGCAUUUUAUAUGGGGUGUUACGCUUGAGUUACUCAGGGUUACGGAACUAUUCAUUGAUCAGUGCAAUCUUAUGAAUAAACAGAUUACCGGAGAUUCUAUACCAGUUUUAAAACCUGUUCCCUGCUUAAGAUUAAUUUCGGAUGUUGAGGAUGAAAACGAGAACCAAAAAGAAGCCGAUGAUAAACAACAGCCGCACCAAACGGGUCCUCAGGUCGACAUUUUGCCAUUGCCACAAUUGCAAAAGCUUCUUUUAACUGCAUUACCCAAGACACGAGUCAAGAUAUUGAAAAUUCCCUUUCACGCUACUUGGCGACAAAGCAUUUCCGAUACUACUACGCAAUAGAAAUGAACGAGAUGAUACUAGUAUGAAA